GCUCUUAGUAAACACUACAGAUGCAUAAGGUGUGUUUUUUAGUGAGUUUCGGUUUUUGAAUACUGGAUGAUUUUCAUUUAAUUCGCUCUCAACCUGCACUUUCAGGACAUUUCCGGCGCAAUUCAGACCGAACGAUUACAUCCAGUUUACUAAUAAACAUUCAUCACUAAUUAAACAUCUGUAAUUCCAGCUGUUGCCGAGACAAUAGGUUAGAUUUCCGGAUGACUUAGUGUCAAUUUGGGAUGUGGAGAAUUAAUUCCGAGUCUCCAGCUGAACUCGUGGCGUAAUUGUCACUGCGUGUAACGGUAACUGACGUGACGUCAAAAGAAAACAAGCUUAUAACAACGCACAGUUCCACAUGCAGAGGGUUCGAGUCGCUCAGUGACGAGCAGGACGUCUCUGAGACAAGAGACUCACACGCUGGAACAUCUGACUAGUGAAGUGUGUUCAUCUGAGGGGAAGUGACUGACAAUGGAAAUAGCGGAGAGAGAAGAGACCACACAGAGGCAGGGGGACACACUGCUGGGGACAGAGCAGGGACAGGCACCGGGACAAGCACACCGGUCCAUGUGUAGGGCAGAUAAAAGGAAAUUAGUCACUGGGGUUAUUCUGAUCACAUUACUGGCUCUAAUCCUAGUCGUCAUAUUUGCCUGGAAACAGCACUCUGGUGUAAAAGGAGAAAAGGCAUGGGUAGAAGACAAAUGUGAGGAUAUCACGACACCCCAGUGCCCUGAAAGUUUCUCCAAACCUCCACUGCUUCUAAUCUCAUUGGAUGGCUUCAGAGCAGGCUACCUGAAUGUUUACGGAGACAAGCUUCCAAACAUCAAGAAGCUCAGACAAUGUGGAACUUCUACGCAAUAUAUGCGUCCUGCUUAUCCUACAAAGACAUUCCCCAAUCAUUACACCAUUGUAACAGGUAUGUAUCCAGAAUCACAUGGGAUUGUGGACAAUAAGAUGUAUGAUGUUAACAGAAACGCCAGCUUCAGUCUGAAAUCAGAAGAGAAGUUUAACUCGUAUUGGUACCAGGGUGAACCAUUUUGGCUCACUGCCAUGAACAACAACCUGAAGUCUGGGACCUUCUUCUGGCCUGGAUCAGAUGUACGUAUUAAAGGACAGUAUCCAAAUUUGUAUAAAAUCUUUAACAGAGAUAUUCCAUUUGAGGUAAGAGUGCAGACCAUUUUAAAAUGGUUGAAUUUGCCACCAAGAGAAAGGCCAGACUUUUACACUUUAUAUUUGGAAGAGCCCGAUAGAUCUGGACAUGGGUUUGGACCAAAUAGCAACGAGGUGUUUCAUGCUCUAUCGAAAGUUGACCGGAUUAUGGGAAUGUUAAUGGACGGUCUGAAGCAGCAAAAUCUUCAUAAAUGUGUCAAUCUGGUUCUUCUGUCAGAUCAUGGAAUGGAGGAAGCUUCGUGUGAGAGAGCUGCUUAUGUGUCAUCAUACCAGGCAGACACUGAUGCAUUCACCGUCAUCCAGGGUGCCGCUGCACGAAUCCGACCCAAACGCCUCCCGGAAGACUUUUUUACUUUCAACUAUGAAGAGCUAGUGAAGAAUCUAUCGUGCAGAGCUCACGAUCAGCCGAUGAAGCCUUAUCUAACAGAACACCUUCCGAAACGAUUCCAUUUUGCUAACAAUGUCCGUAUAGAAAGAGCUCAUCUCUACAUGAGAUCUAAGUGGCAAGUGGCCAUCAAGGAAAAUGAAAUUAAGUACUGUUCUGGAGGUUUCCAUGGUUCAGAUAACACCUUCACAAACAUGCAGACCAUUUUCAUAGGAUAUGGACCAGGAAUGAAAUACAACACUACUGUAGCUCCCUUUGAAAAUAUAGAAGUAUAUAACCUCCUGUGUGAUUUGUUGACAAUUCCUCCUGCUCCUAACAAUGGAACUCAUGGGAGUCUUAACCACCUACUUAGAAACCCACCUCAUCAUCCAGUCCACCCUCCUGAGAUCUCCUCAGCCUCCAACUGUUCCUCCAUUGUUCAUAAAGAUGACCUUGGCUGCUCCUGCAUGCUUCACAAUAAAUCCCAGGUGGAAAACCUUAACCACCGUCUGAUUAGUUUUAAGCCCACAGACAAACAUCUUCAUCUGCCAUAUGGAGCUCCACGAGUUCUACAAGAGAGUGCAGAUUACUGCAUGCUUCAGCAUGUUUCCUACAUCAGUGGAUACAGUAAAGACAUCCUCAUGCCUCUCUGGGUUGCAUAUAGUAUAAAGCCACUGACUGAUGUGCAGCCUCUAAGCUCUGCACAGGAAAAGUGUGUUCGUGCUGAUGUGCGUAUUCCAGUCAAAGCAAGUCAGUCCUGCAACUUCUACAAAGACAACCUCACAGUGACAUAUGGGUUUCUUCAUCCUCCCAAUUUUGCUUCUGGUGGAAAUGAGUCUGACUCACUGAUCACAAGUAACAUGGCACCAAUGUUUAAAAUAUUUAAAGGUAUUUGGGAUUAUUUCCACAAUGUUCUUGUGGUAAAAUAUUCCAAAACUCUGAGCAGUGUAAAUGUCAUGAGUGGACCAAUAUUCGAUAAAGACUUUGAUGGAAAAUAUGACGUCUUAAAACAGAAAACAACUAACAGGACUACGGCUCCUUUACCCACUCAUUUCUUUGUGAUAUUGACGAGCUGUAAGAACUCAUCCAAGAACUCACAAACAACUCUACAAAAGUGCCAUGGUCCGAUUGAGACCAUGUCCUUCGUCCUGCCACAUCGUCCUGAUAACACUGAGACGUGUCAUAACGAAAGUGAUUAUUCCUGGGUUGAAAAGUGGACGCAGUUUCACGUUGCACGGAUACGAGAUAUUGAACUCCUAACAGGGCUGAGUUUUUAUCCCGACUUUCUACCUGUUGAAGAUGUGUUACAACUUAAGACCUUCUUAAAAACCUUUUAGUAUUUAAUUGUAGUAACUUUACCAGAGCCUCAUGUUGUGAUCCGAGUCGGUAUUGUUUCUGUCUGAAUAAGCAGCUACUGUAUAAAGACUUGCCUUGAACUCCCUACCAAAUACAUUCAGCCAGAGAGGCUUUAUAACUGUUAUCCAAAUUAUUUUAUAUCACAAA